GGGAAUUCAUGGACCGUAACCGCAGCUGACAUGAUCAUGCCGGGCUGGAUCGGCAGACGCGGGCCACACCGUACAACAGAGUAGCCUCCCUACUGACCCAGGCUGCCAGGCUGCCAGUGAGUGGCCAGAACUGGCUGCGGAGGUAACUGGGGUCUUGCUCCGUCACCACCCAAAAUGUGUGCUGCUCAAAAACCCCCAGCACAGUUGCGCCCUCGUGGGUGGUCACUUAACUUAUAAGUAUAUCUGGUCCCAGUCUGCCACCCCCCAGCGCACAAUAGACCCCUUCUGCGCCACCCUCGCAGUUUUCUAAACCCACAACGCGCACGACCAACCAACCCUCAUGGAUUUUGCUUCGAGAACCACUCUGCCCACGAACACUGUUCCCGCCUCCGCCUUUGCAUCGCAACAACACAGAGCUCUUGAUCAUUCCCACACUUAGCACGUAUCCUUCCGUGCCGCUUCGAACAUUGUCCGCGCACAACAGCACGACCUCACCGGCUUUGAGAGCCUUCUCUUUGUCGGCUCUGGCAGAUUCGAAGUGGCCAUUGUAACCGGGAUCCAGGACCAAACACAUUUAACAUGCACGACCUACGGAAGAAGGCCCUCCUCGAGAGCGGCAAGACGCAGUCCCGCAAGGCGCGCUCACGACCCGACUCCAAGUCUGCGACGCCAAUCACCUCGCCUGGCCACUCCCCCGCCGGUUCACGCGCACCUAGCCGCUACGCCUCCGAGGACGAGGGCGACAGCGACUCCGACUUCGACGACAUGAUGACCAUGAGCACCACCUCAGGUGCCUCCGACCACGGCGACGAAGACGGUACUGGGCGCGCCUGGGUCGACCGCGUGAACGCACGAGUUUCACAGAUUGUUUCCGGUGGCCGCUCUGGCGAGCGCAAGAAAAUCAGCAACCAGGAGAGAGAGGACAUGCUGAAGUCGUACCUGCACCUGGCGCGCCAUUACUACGUCCGCUCAGAAAUCCAGGCGCCCAUGAAUGACCUGGUGCUGGGUCUCGUAAGAGCCAUCAAGUCGGGUGUCAGCGCGACCGAGCGCACGCUUGCGCUGAAGGCCCUGUCCGUGACGAUCCUCACCAACCCCACAGACACAGUCCUCGACCAGUACGUCUCAAGUCUCAAGUCCACUGUCGAGGACGACGAGGCCGAGCAAGUCAAGACGGCCGCGCUCCGUGCGCUGGCCGUGACGGCCAUGUAUGGUGACGGGUCGACCGAAGCCGCUGAGGACAUGAUGCUAUACAUGCUCGAUAUCAUCGAGAGCGACGGGCACACCGUUGGCGCAGCUGACGUCGCACCAGUGGUGGUCGCCGCUCUUGAGAGCUGGGGCUUCAUGGCCGCGCAUCUGGAGGAUCUUUCCGAGCAGAGCGAGCAAGCCCUUGAAGCCUUUGUGGAGCAGCUCGACAGCACCGACGCCUACGUGCAGACCGGCGCUGGCAACAACAUUGCGCUGCUCUUUGAGAGCGCAACUGAGCUGGAGGAAUCCUCUGGGGAGAAGAUGAACCUCCGGUACGACCCCAAGAGACUGGCGCAGCAGAUGCGAGAGGCAUCAAGAGGCUCGAAAUCCAUGUCCAAGCGCGAUAGACGGCACCUCAAAUCGGACUUCAAUAGCAUCGCGACUGGGCUCGAACGAGGCAAGGGCCCGGGCUACUCGACCGCUGGAUGGGCGGCAUCUAAUCCGCACACGGGCGGCAACGCCGUCAUCAGUUCACACGGCAGUGACGUCAGCGAGUUUGGGUACCGUCAGACAAUCAGCGUCGGCAAGGACAAGAUGACCAUCGACAGCUGGGCCCUGUCAGCCAAGGUCGAUUUCCUGAGGACCGUUCUUGCUGGAGGCUUCCCUACCCAUCUCGCCAAGAACGAGACGGUGCAGGAGAUGAUUUGAUCACCUCAACGGUUGGCAACGCGGAAGCUGCGUUUUCCUAGCAUGCAUUGGUUUCGGGCGUCGCGCAAAAUUGAUAUCCAAGGAGUCACGGGACAGAUGACAGUGCUGUGCUGAAACGGGUUUAAUGGGUGCAGAGCGAACACUGGCAGUACGAUUCUAGAUUCAGAUUUCCUAUUACUAAUAGUGCACACAGUAGAUACAGGCGCAUCCACAAUCAGAUUCUAUGGCUUUCAACACAUGAUUAAAGUGACUGUGAGAGUAUGUCUUGGUUGUGUACCACAGUGACUGGAAAUUGACCGCCUUUGCCAAUUCCUCUUACUAACCUAACCCCCCCCCAAACAAAAAAGAGACACGCCCUGCACGCCUAAGCAAGCCCAUAUGGCGAAAACGAGAUGUUGAAGGCGAGGGGCACCUCCCAGAUACCAACGGUGCUGCAGGUUUCUCCUUACGACAACUGAGGGCCAGUCCGAGACACUGCGUGCCCAUCAUGCUGAAUUGCCCACAUUGCGGAAGCAUGCUGCAGGUUGCCGGCAUUUUCCGUCGCACGAGGCCCGCUCCUUCUUUCGACUUCCCCGGCAGCCAGAGGGCCGGAGGAUAUUGGGAAGAAGGAGGUGAAGGCGGAGUGGCUGGAGAAGGUGACACGCCGGAUACUAAUACGGUUGUCCUCGAGUACACACUCAGUGGUGUACACCAGAGCGAGGAGAGAUGGGUUAAGGACAGGCGCACAACUGCUCGAAACACUUCAUAUUGCCAGAUUGAUUGCCCGGGCGGGCAGUGCCCAGGUGCCCGAACGGGGCGAUCCGAGAGGCCAAGUGGAUGAAGGGAGAGGCCCUGCAGCAAGCGGGCGCCGCGUGGGAAGUGGGACCGCAUAGAAAAGUCCAUCUCUGCUAGCCUGCUAGCCUGCUAGCCUGCUAGCCCGGUGCCCGGUGAGAUAGAUGUACGGAGUGUCACGAAGGAUAACACGCAGUAACUAGGUGGGUAGAGUACGACCUGCCCUCGGGGUGCGACCAGUCGACCAGUUUGUGCCGUGUACCGGCGGCCGGGUUUCGCCACUGGUGUGCCUUGUAGGCCCGCUUGGCUAGGCAGUCUGUGUCUGUUGGGACGUUGUCUGUACUCGAGACCUGUUCGAUGCUGGCUGGCCUGGUGCGACGGCGGAGCUCGACAAGCCAGUCUGACAGCUUCGGAACGGCUCGGUAGAUGGUGCUAUAAAACUGGGCAGUUCUACAGGCCAUCCGGCCUCGCGACGAGCUUCCGAGGCUCAUCUGCUCGUCUGCUCACUGACCAGGCGGACUCGAGCAGGUCGCCUGUCUCCUCCAAGACUUUUGAUGACGACUUGUCAGGUUGGUGGGAGAUGGGCCGGACUGGCUGGCUGGGGACUCCCAUGUCGGAUUCUGGUUGCAAGGUGUGCUCGAGCCGCGAGGAGGCUUUGCGGUGCGGGCCAGGCAGCGCCAGGGCAGGCUGACAGGCCGACGGCCUGGCACUGCGAGGUAGUGGAGCUUGGGUCCCCCGGGACGAAAGGUGGUCGAGUUGUUUGUUUACAUGGCAAGGUCUUGAAACAGCCCAAGGAGUCAGUACACAGACAGACAGAAUGCAGCGUGCUGCACUGCCCGCCCUGCACGCCAUGCCGCCCCGGCACAAGCUGUAACAAACCGCAGGCCUGAGGUAACAAGAUGACGGUCGGGAUUGGGAUUGGG